CCGGCCGGCCGACCAGGUCCCGGCGCUGCCUCCACGCCGCUGCCCCUCGGGGGGCUGGACGGAUUACUACUCCGCGCACCAGCAGCCGGCGGACUGGCCAACGAAGCCCGGCUUCGGUCUUUUUAACCCUUGAGAGGCGAGGCGAGGCGAGGCGAGAAGGGGGUGUGUGUCUGGGGAGGGCGAAGGAGCGGCGAACACCUCCUCUUAACUCUCGCAGCACCGCGAGCCAACGACUGCAUCAGCUGCCUCGGGCCGGGAGCGGCCGACACAAGCAGAGGGGGCAGCGCGGCGGCAGCACCGGCAGCGAACGCGGCCUGGGAGGCUGCGGGGCGCCCCCUCAUUCCCCGCCGGGGUGGCAGCCCCGGAGCGGGCGGGGGGCGCUGGAGGCACACUCUGGCGAUGAAGCGGCUUCCCCCUCGGCUGGUGCGAGCCGGGGCCAGGGUCCAAGGACAAAGCCGGGAAGCGCUGGGGCUGAGGGGGGGGCAUGCACCUGCAUAGCCCGCCGGGCCUUGGCUCUCCCGGCGCGCCUCAACUCCGCCGCUCCGCUCGCCGGCUCCGGAUUUACUAGAAGCCAUUUUGUCUCCCCCACCCGUCCCCUCCCCUCCCCUCUGCCCUCCCCGCCCCCUCUGCUUCCCCCUUUUGUUAAUUAAAACUAAGAAGUGAGAAUGGGAACGCUGUGGCCGGCUCUGGCGGAGAACGCUUAAGGACACCACGCCAAUUCUUCCCUUCCUUCCUUCCGAGAUGGAAAGAGGAGCUCCUAGCUCACUUAAGCCGGGGUAGGGCUGGUUCUCCUUUCCGAGCCAAAAUCCCAGGCGAUGGUGAAUUAUGAACGUGCCACACCAUGAAGCUCUUGUGGCAGGUAACUGUGCACCACACCUGGAAUGCCGUCCUGCUCCCCGUCGUCUACCUCGCGGCGCAAGUGUGGAUCCUGUGCGCAGCCAUCGCUGCUGCCGCCUCCGCCGGGCCCCAGAACUGCCCGUCGGUCUGCUCGUGCAGUAACCAGUUCAGCAAGGUGGUGUGCACCCGCCGGGGCCUCUCCGAGGUCCCGCAGGGUAUUCCUUCCAACACCCGGUACCUCAACCUCAUGGAAAACAACAUCCAGAUGAUCCAGGCCGACACCUUCCGCCACCUCCACCACCUGGAGGUCCUGCAGCUGGGCAGGAACUCCAUCCGGCAGAUCGAGGUGGGGGCCUUCAACGGCCUGGCCAGCCUCAACACCCUGGAGCUGUUUGACAACUGGCUGACAGUCAUCCCCAGCGGGGCCUUCGAAUACCUGUCCAAGCUGCGGGAGCUCUGGCUUCGCAACAACCCCAUAGAAAGCAUCCCCUCUUACGCCUUCAACCGCGUGCCCUCCCUCAUGCGCCUGGACUUGGGGGAGCUCAAGAAGCUGGAGUACAUCUCUGAGGGGGCUUUUGAGGGACUGUUCAACCUCAAGUACCUGAACCUGGGCAUGUGCAACAUUAAAGACAUGCCCAAUCUCACCCCCCUGGUGGGGCUGGAGGAGCUGGAGAUGUCAGGGAACCACUUCCCUGAGAUCAGGCCUGGCUCCUUCCAUGGCCUAAGCUCCCUCAAGAAGCUCUGGGUCAUGAACUCACAGGUCAGCUUGAUUGAGCGGAACGCUUUUGAUGGGCUGGCCUCGCUGGUGGAACUCAACCUGGCCCACAAUAACCUCUCUUCUCUGCCCCAUGACCUCUUCACCCCCCUGAGGUACCUGGUGGAGUUGCACCUGCACCACAAUCCUUGGAACUGUGAUUGUGACAUCCUGUGGCUAGCCUGGUGGCUCCGGGAGUACAUACCCACCAAUUCCACCUGCUGUGGCCGCUGUCACGCUCCCUUGCACAUGCGAGGCCGCUACCUGGUAGAGGUGGACCAGGCCUCCUUCCAGUGCUCCGCCCCCUUCAUCAUGGAUGCUCCCCGGGACCUCAACAUCUCCGAGGGGCGGAUGGCGGAACUUAAGUGUCGGACUCCCCCCAUGUCCUCCGUGAAGUGGCUGCUGCCCAAUGGGACAGUGCUCAGCCACGCCUCCCGCCACCCGCGGAUCUCCGUCCUCAACGAUGGCACCUUGAACUUUUCCCACGUGCUGCUCUCAGACACCGGGGUGUACACAUGCAUGGUGACCAACGUGGCGGGCAACUCCAAUGCCUCGGCCUACCUCAACGUGAGCACGGCCGAGCUCAACACCUCCAACUACAGCUUCUUCACCACCGUCACAGUGGAGACCACCGAGAUCUCGCCCGAGGACACGACGCGCAAGUACAAGCCUGUUCCUACGACGUCCACGGGUUACCAGCCGGCAUACACCACCUCUACCACGGUGCUCAUUCAGACCACCCGUGUGCCCAAGCAGGUGGCAGUGACCGCGACGGACACCAAUGAUAAGAUGCAGACCAGCCUGGAUGAAGUCAUGAAGACCACCAAGAUCAUCAUUGGCUGCUUCGUGGCGGUGACCCUGCUGGCUGCUGCCAUGCUGAUCGUCUUCUACAAACUUCGCAAGCGGCACCAGCAGAGGAGUACAGUCGCAGCCGCCCGGACAGUUGAGAUCAUCCAGGUGGAUGAAGACCUCCCGGCGGCGGCGGCGGCGGCGGCGGCGGCGGCGGCAUCUGCGGCAGCAACAGCAGCUCCAGCCGGUGUAUCAGGUGAGGGGGCAGUCGUGCUGCCCACAAUUCAUGACCAUAUUAACUACAACACCUACAAACCAGCACACGGGGCCCACUGGACAGAAAACAGCCUGGGGAACUCUCUGCACCCCACAGUCACCACUAUCUCUGAACCUUAUAUAAUUCAGACCCAUACCAAGGACAAGGUACAGGAAACUCAAAUAUGACUCCCCCUCCCCCCAAAAAAACUUAUAAAAUGCAAUAGAAUGCACACACACACACACACACACACACACACAAAGACAGCAACUUUUGUACAGAGUGGGGAGAGACUUUUUCUUGUAUAUGCUUAUAUAUUAAAUCUAUGGGCUGGUAAAAGAAACAGAUUAUAUUAAAAUUUAAAAAGAAAAUCAAAACAAACUAUUUUCUAACUUGUAAGUUCUAUUUAAAGGGGGUGGGGGGACCUUGGGAAUGCUGUGGGGUAGAAGCCACAAGUCAACUGGCUGUGUUGCCAGAGGGGAUUUCUGGUUUAAGGUUGAAACUGCUAAGAUAAACCCAACACCAACAAACAUCCCUAAAGAGUUAGGGUGCGGGCUGCUGCGGGGGGGUGGGGGUGGGGGGGAGAGAGACUGAAUCCGUCAUUUUUUAGAAGAUGCUUCAUAGGACCCAGGAAUACCCAUUUCUAUAGACAUCUUUCUUAGGCUGAGAGCUGUCUUUACAGAUUUAUCUUAUUUAAACAAACAAAAAAUACAAAAAAAAAAAAAAAAAA